AAGAUGUCAGCCUCCAGUAAUGAGCAUAAACAGAAUGCGUCAAAACUCGUUGGCACUGAUUCAAGAACUUGUUCCAUUUGUGUAGGCCAGGAGGCUCGGUACACAUGUCCCCGCUGUAACAUCCCCUAUUGUUCCCUGGCCUGCUACCGGCAUGAGAAACAUGGCAGCUGCUCCGAGGCCUUCUACAAGGACUGGGUCAUCGAUGAACUGUCACACAACACUGCUGGGAUGGAGGAUCGUGAGAAGAUUCUGGAGAUCCUACAGAGAGAGCAGGAGGCGAGGGACGAGGAUGAUGUUGAUAGUGAUGAUGAGGAAGAAGAUGCUGAUGAUCCAGGCUUGGAGGAACGACUGGAGGGACUUGACCUAGAUGCUGAUGCGGGUGACGUGUGGCGGAGGCUGACGGAAAAGGAGAAACAGGAGUUCAGCCAGAUGCUGGAGGAUGGACGUCUCGCCAACCUUGUGGAGGUGUGGACACCAUGGUGGGUCAAAGUCAAGCCAUCAUCUGAGACAGAAGAGGAAGUUGAUAAACUGGAGCAUGAUGGGAAGAGUCAGCCGCAGAUACUCAGUGAUAUCCCUGAUAUCAACAUCCUUCUUAAAAAAAGCAAGCCAUCAUCUGACCUGCGCUUCUGCCUGGUGAAUGUGCUAUAUUCCUAUGCAUUUAUAACUCGGCUACACAACGGCAACCAUCUGGAAUCACCUCUUGAAUCAGCACAGGAUCUACUGAGCGUGAGUUCAGUGUUGGGUCAGGGGUCAAACUGCACAAGCACCUGUGAGGCUCUCCACAUGUGCACCCACUCAAUACAACAGAAUCCAUCCAAAUGGAAGAUGAGCCAAGAGAUGAUCGUUGAUAUAAUUGAGGAUGUGGUGCAACUACUGGGUGGACCUGGAGUUGUCUCCCCUCUCUCCUAUGUCAUGUCUGCCCUCUCUGAUGUGACGGUGCUCAUCAAGGCAGGGUACAAGGCGUGUCAGAAAGAGUUGAAGGUCUCCGGAAGCAGGCAUGCUCCACUACGCCCCGUGAAGAAGGGUCUCUUCAUGGCCGAGAAGAAGGUGGAGUUUAUCCUGAGCUGGGCUCAUCGAUAUGGCAUGGCAGCUCGAGACCUGAUCCCCGAGUUGAGACUGGAGUUUGAACUUCAGAGAACCGCCAUCACAUCUGUAAACGAGACGAAGAAACAGUUUGAGACUGCAUGGGGUGGCAAACGUCCUCAGCCGAGCAAAACUCUGAUACAGGAGAUCUCAUAACAGUGAUAAAAGCUUGCUGAAGUAAUCCAUGGGUCAUUUUACUCAAACAAGGAUAAUCAACAUCUCUUUUAGGUGACAGGGGUCAUGAAGAUAAAUAAUCCCAUCAUGUCUAGAAACCAAUGAAGAGGAUCUUGAGGAUGCUAUUUAUCCCUCCAUCUUUGCAGGAAGAUAUGCUUCAUAUUGACUCUAGGGCAGUGGGGUAGCCUAAUGGUGUCCGCUCGUCAUGCCAAAGGCCCGGGUUCGAUUCCCCAUAUGUGUACAAUGUGUGAAGCCCAUUUCUGGUGUUCCCCUUGUG